GUGACAUAUAUGAUUGUACAAAGACUUUCUAGUUCUUCCUGCUCUAGAAGUCUUCUCAUCUAGCUCCAUUUUACCGGACUCUAGUUCGAGUUUGGACUCUAGAGGUUGGUGAACAUCUUCUAAAUAUACAGCCAUACACCAAGCAUCUCUUUAUAAGUUUAUAUAACUAGCUCCAGGGUGCUUGCAAGUUUGUUGUAUAAUCCGAGAAAUUCCACCAGGCAGGAGCAGUGAUAGAGUAAAAUAUAGUUAUGGAUCUGGAUACUCUGUUCGAUGCUGCCAUGGCCGGAGAUGCUGCUGCCACUGCUGAAUUGGAGAUAGAAGCUGAUAGACUGUACCGAUUCGAAGAAACUAUCCUUCACCUGCAAUCAGAGAAGGGAAAUACAGAACGUGUGAAAUUCAUUUUGAGGAAAUUUGCACACAAAAAUCUUUUGGCGAAGCUUAGUAGAUAUAAGCAUACAGCACUUCACUUGGCUAUAUAUGAAGGCCAAACUGAAGUGGCUGAGGUCCUCAUUGAUGCAGCUUGCGAUUUGCCACCUCCUUCAGAUGAUGAUCAUAAUCCGAAACUUACUUCUUUUCAAGCUUUUGUCAGGCAAGGUGAUAAAGAUAUGGACACCGCCUUACAUGCAGCAGUGUUGAGAGGAAAUGCCACUAUUGUUAAGCGACUAGUAGAAGCCGAUCCCACUGAUACACAUAUUCAAAACAAUGAUGGUAAAACACCAAUGUACAUAGCUGUGGAAAACGGGCUCAACCAUAUUGCAGAGAUUAUCUCUACAACUUGCAAAGCUCCGUCUUUGGACGGACCUGAUGGUAGUACUGUGGUGCUUUUUAAAGACUCUUCUGGUAAGAGCCCUGGUGGAACUCUAUUUAAAAUUAUGGAUAGAUAUGCUUUCUUUGUGGCUGCCAUUGCGGGAGAUGCUUAUGCCAUAGCUAAAUUGGAGACGCAAGCUGAUAUACUCAACCGAGGUGAAGAAACUACUAACGCAAAACGUGUGCGAGUUAUUUUGAGGGAGUUUGCAAAAAAAAAUCUUUUGGCUAAGCUGACUUCAGAGAAACAAACUACACUUCACUUGGCAGCAAUAUAUGGACACACUGAAUUGGCUGAGAUCCUCAUCGACGCAGCUUCAUAUUUGCAUCCUUCAGAUAAUGAUAACACUCAAGAAGAUCCAACUACUUCUUUUCAAGCGUUUCUUAGGCAAUCUGAUCUAAAUGAGGACACUGCCUUACAUGCCGCAGUUAAGAAAGGGAACCUAGCUAUUGUUAAGCUAUUAGUAGAGGCGGAUCCAAGUGAUACACAUAUUCAAAAUGAUGAUGGCAAAACACCAAUGUACAUAGCUGUGGAACAAGGGUUGAACAGUAUAGCAGAGGUGAUCUCUACAACUUGCUUUGCUCCAUCUUUGCUCGGACCUGAUUGUAGUACCGUUGUGCGUGACAAGAAUUUCGACCAAGCUGAAAGCCCAGGUGGAAGCCUCUACAAAAUUAUGCACAAAGAUGCUCUGUAUGCAGCUGCCAUUGCGGGAGAUGCUGAUGCCAUAGCUGCACUGGAGAUGCAUGCUGAUAAACUGGACAAAUACGAAGAAACUAUCCUUCACACAGAAUCCGAAAACGGUAAUACAGAAGAAGUACGAUUUAUAUUAAGGAAGUUUGCAGACAAAAACCUGCUAGUCAAGCUUAACAAAUAUAAACAGACUGCACUUCACUUGGCAUCGUGUGAAGGACACACCGAAGUGGCUGAGAUCCUCAUUAAUGCUGCUAAACAUUUGCCGCCUCCUCUAGAUAAUGAUAGUUCAGUUACUGGUUUUCAAUCUUUCCUUAGGCGAGAUGAUGAUGAGAUGGAUACUGCCUUACACGACGCAGUUAGGAAGGGUAAUGUCGCCCUUGUUAAACUAUUAGUGGAGGCCGAUCCAAGUGAUUCACAUACACAGAACAGUGAAGGUGAAACGCCAAUCUUUAUAGCUGUCAAAAGGGGGUACUAUGAUAUAGUGAAGAUGAUCUGUACAACUUGCACUUCUCAACUUGAUUUGGAUGCUCCUGAUUUGGAUGGUCGUGCUGGCAGGACAACUGUUUUACAUAUUCUUAUCAAGAAUCUCGACAAAGGGAGCAAAGAAGAAGGUACAGCAGUGAUUAAGUUAAUCAUUAAAGCGGUCAAACAUGCAAAUAAGCAUGGGACCCCAGAUGAGAGAUCUAAAAGGUUGAUGCAGUUCUUCACUAAGACCGAUGAGAAGAGACGUAUGAUUUUAGAACUUGCUGUAGAGGAAGAUCAUUUGGACGUGGUUCAACUGAUAUUAGCGAAAAAUCCAGCUUAUCACUGGCCGCACAGGUAUCCUGAGUUGAUUGGUAUCAUGCCUUUAAUUUACAGAGCCAUGGACAUGGAUAAAGAGAACAAUGCUAUGGUCAAUUUACUCACCAGAGUAUAUCAAAAUGGAGUUCAAUCCAGUAAGACUGCCAAUGUGCACAAAAUGAUCUCUGCUAUUGAUAGCCGCAAGGAAGAAUAUGUCCUUAGCCUGCUGAAUAAUCGUGGUGUCCAAGAUCUUGUUACCUUUCACGACAUUCUAGGAUGGACAAUACUUCAUCAUGCUGUGUAUUACGAGCAUAAUUCCAUAAUUGGAAUCAUAAUAGAAGCACAAAAAACAUAUGGACAUGGAUUUAGAUAUCCAGACAGAAUUUCAACUCCCUUUCAUGUAGCAGUCCAGAAAGGAUAUGUUUCUACGAUGAAACUUUUGUUACGGUUGUGGCCAUCUUCAUCUUCUGCAUAUAUUGAUGUUGAUAGAAAUGGAAGAAAUAUAUUACAUUUAGCAGCUUUGCAAAGUGGAAAAGAGAUGAUUCGAUGCAUUUUAAAAUAUUGUCCACAAAUGUACAAAGAGUUUGUGAAUAAGAAAGAUGACGAUGGGAACACACCUCUUCACUUGCUUAUUUGUGGUGGUUGCUUCAUUCCAGAAUUCCUUAAAUACCAAGGACUUGAUAUAAGGAUAGAAAACGAGAAAAGAUGGAUCCCCCGUGACAUGUUGUAUUUUCAAGAUCAAAUCGUCGAAGAUCAGGUGCAAAUCAGGAUUGCACUUGAUGGUAUCGAAACUGAUCCUACAGGGGAUGGUAAAUUUUCUCGUUUUGUACUCCCAAGUAGACGAAUGAGAAAAGAUGUGAUUCUUGAUAGACAAGCAAAACUGAUGAUACAUGAAAAGUAUACCGGGAUAAAAGAAGAUCCUGAUGUCAUUGCCAAUUGUUUUGCCGAUGCCAUUGCGGGAGAUCCUAUUUCCAAAGCUGUAUUGAGGAUGAAAGCAUAUAAACUGAAUGAAUUGGGAGAAACUAUCCUUCACGUUGAAUCAAUGAAGGGAGAAAUAGAAAACGUGCGAUUUAUUGUGAGUGAGUUUGCAAACAAAAGCCUUUUGGGUAAGCUGGAUAGAUCAAAACAAACUGCACUUCACCUUGCAGCACAACAUGGACACACUCAAGUGGUUGAAGCUCUCAUUGAUGCAGCCAGACUUCUGCCUAAUGAUGCCCAUAAUCAAGUCACUUUUCUUCAAGAUUUUAUUAGGCAGGCUGACGUUCAAAACGGGAACACCACAUUACACCUUGCAGUCGUUAAUGAUAAUGUGGCUAUUGUAAAGCUCCUGGUGGAGGCUGAUUCAAACGAUAGUCAUGUUCGGAACCAUGAAGGCAAGACUCCAAUCUACAUAGCUGCUGAAAAUGGGUACAAAAAUAUAGUGAAGGUGAUUUGCACGGCUUGCACAGCUCUGUCUUUAGAUGGUCCGAGUACUGGGAAGACAACUGCUUUGCAUUCUCUCAUGCAAAAUAUAGACCAAGAAGGAACAGAAGGAGAGAGUGAUGUGAUUGGGAUGAUGGUUGAUGCAGCCAAACGCUGGAGUAGUGCACAGAACGCAUCAACUGCAGAUUUUGAAGCAUUAUUUAAUAGAACAGACGAGCUGGGAAGAACUGUCUUGCAAAUUGCUGUGGAGAGAAAAGAUGUCAACGCUGUUAGAUUGAUACUCAAAGAAGAUCCCGCCUAUCAACCUGGUGGUGAAAUGAAAAGAAAUGGUCUCAUGCGUUUAAUCUGCAAGGCCAUUGAUGACGAGUGUAGUGAUGAUAUUAUCACAUCACUCUCUCAAACAUACAAAGCUGGAAUUAUCCACCAUGAUCCCAAGGAUGUGCUUGCCUUAAUUCGUGCUAUUCAAGACCUUGAUAAAGAUGUUGUAUUAAGUCUCUUGGGAAAGGCUCAAAUACUCGCAACUUUUACAGAAGAUAAUGGGUGGACACCACUUCACUACGCUGUGUAUUACGAAUUUGAUGUCAUACUUGAUGCCAUGAUAAAAGCACAAAAAGAUGUGGGAUACCCAUUUGUUUACAAAGAUAUGGAAACAACUCCAUUUUAUGUAGCAAUCGAACGUGGAUAUACUUCUACGUUGGUACGUCUUAUGGAAUUAUGGCCAACUUUGUCUUCUGAUGAGUGCUCUCCAUACACACUCGUUACUCAAGAUAGUCAGAAUAUGCUACAUAUGGCAGCUGUUGCUCGUGCUCGUGCUACUGAAAAUAGAAAAGAUGUUGCUGAUGCUAUUGAUAAUAGAAAAGUUUUUGCUGAUAGUAGAAAAGAGAUGGUACAAAUGGAAUUAUGGCCAGCUUCGUCUUCUGAUGCAUACUCUCCAUACACACUCAUUCCUCAAGAUGGUAAAAAUAUACAUAUGGCAGCUGCUGCUCAUGCUGCUGAAAAUAGAAAAGUUGUUGCUCAUGUUGUUGAUAUUGUUGAUAGUAAAAAAGCUGCUGCUGAUAACAGAAAAGAGAUGGUACAAAGUGUUCUGAAGUAUUGUCCGAAUAAAUACAAGGACAAGAUUUUAAAACAAAAGGAUAAAAAUGGCGAUACUCCUCUCCAUCUACUUAUCUCCCAUGGUUGUUUUAUUCCCGCACUAUUAAAACAUGAAGGACUUGAUACAAUGGCAAGAAACAAGAGAGAUUUUACUCCUCGGGACAUGCUCUAUGUUGAAGAUGCUACUGUUGUCGAUCAGGUGCAUAUUAAAAUUGCCCUUGACGAGGUCCUGACUAGUAAAUCAGGAUGGAAGCUUUGGGGUAGAAGAACAGAGAAGAAAGAGGAUAUUUGGAGAUGUAAUAAAACUCCUCCAAGUAAACGAAAGGAAAAAGAUGUGAAAUUUGAGGGAGAGAAGAAGAUAUUAGAGAAGCAGAGGACAAAAGAUCGAAAAACAUAUAAAAUGAGGACCAACACCCAAAUACUAGUUACUGCACUGACAACCACAGUAACUUUUACUGUAGGAUUUACUAUGCCGGGUGGUCUCCAUCAAAGUGGAGAGGAUGACGAAGGACUAGUGAUUCUUUCUAGAAAGACAGCUUUUAAUAUAUUCAUGGUCUCAGACGCACUAGCUCUACUGAUGUCAACAUCUUCAUUGUUUUUCUACUUUCUUGAAUCGAUGAAUGAAGAUCUCCACCAAGUAUCACUGCUUAAUGCUUCAUCAACUGUGCUGAACAUUCUUUCUAUUUCGGCAAUGAUGGUGACUUUUAUUGCAGGAACGUAUGUGGUCUUAUCCGGCACACCACUUCUUGCCAUAGCCAUUUGCAUUAUCGGUUCUCUCUUUUUUCUUCUUAUUCUUAUUCUAUGGAUCAUGAAGAUAGUAUUUGACCGUUACAAAAGAAAUAAAGAUUGAGUAUGCAUAUCGUUAUUUCCACAUGUUUAAUGAAUCUUCUAAUAUAAUGAUGUAUUAUGCAUGACUCCAAUAUCAAGUGAUCUGUAAUUAUGUAUCA